UAUAUGCCCACGUUCUCAGGACACACUUUCUGGAAACCAAUCCUGCUUCGUUUAAUUGGAACAAUAUUCUGAGGUCCUACACUAGGCUAGGGGCUCCACGCUAUGCUCUUCUCAUCCAUGUUUCGAUGUUGCGGGCUGGGGUUUUCCCUGACUGUUACACCCUUCCGAUUGUUCUCAAGGCGGUGUGCCAAUCUUUUGCCAUUAAUCUUGGAAAACAGGUUCAUUCCGCUGCUGUGAAGCUUGGACUCCAAUCCAAUGAGUAUUGCGAGACUGGGUUUAUAAACUUGUAUUGCAAAGCUGGCGAAUUUGGAAGUGCACGUAAGUUGUUUGAUGAAAAUCCUGACCCAAAGCUUGGUUCUUGGAAUGCUAUAAUAGGUGGGCUUUCCCAAGCUGGCCUUGCCAGGGAUGCGAUUCAUGUGUUUUUGAAUAUGAGGAGACAUGGAUUCGCCCCGGAUGGCAUCACCAUGGUUAGCCUCACAUCUGCUUGUGGAAGCAUUGGUGACUUGGACCUGGCUCUCCAAUUGCAUAAAUGUGUUUUUCAGGCUAAUGCCACUGAGAAGACUGACAUUUUGAUGUCGAAUUCACUGAUAGACAUGUAUGGGAAGUGUGGGCGGAUGGACCUGGCUUACAAAGUUUUUGCAACGAUGGAGGAACGGAAUGUGUCAUCGUGGACAUCCAUGAUUGUGGGUUAUGCUAUGCAUGGACAUGUAAAGGAAGCACUUGGAUGCUUCUGGUAUAUGAGAGAGGCAGGAGUGAAGCCUAAUCAUGUAACUUUUGUUGGAAUACUCAGUGCUUGCGUCCACGGAGGGACAGUUCAAGAGGGAAGAUGUUACUUUGAUAUGAUGAAGAACGUUUAUGGCAUAACACCCCAAUUGCAACAUUAUGGAUGCAUGGUGGACCUGCUGGGUCGAGCGGGAUUGCUUGACGAUGCCAGAAAAAUGGUGGAGGAGAUGCCUAUGAAGCCAAAUUCAGUAGUAUGGGGGUGCUUGUGGAAGGGGGUGGAGAGAAUAAGAUCGGUCAUGAAAGAAGGAAGAGUUGCCAAGGUUCCUGCUUAUAGCCUUGCAACAAAUUCCGAUUAAAGAUACAACAAUAUUUUAUUUUAGCAUUGGGGAUUUUACAUUCAAUUACAGUUCUGCUGCUGUCGAUCACGACUUAAAAUUUUGCUUUUGUAGUAAUAUACACUCCUUAAACAGAGCAGAUUUCCAUAACCAGUAAUUUUAGUUCUUGGGGACGGAUGGAAGACUGAAGUUAGGUAUGAGUAGCAUAUUAGAAAGUAUGGAAAUUUUGAUUAUUACCGAAUAAGUAUACUUUUAAAAUUUCAUUAGGUAGUAAGGUUUAAAUCUAGUAAAUGAGGAUUGAGAAUCGUACCAUGCUUUGCCUCAUAUACCGCAU